GCUCUGCUGGAUAACAGGGUCUCACUUUUCUGUUCAAACAGUGAGAGCGUCAGAAAGGGAAUGGGACAGACAAGAGACAGAGGUAGACAGAGGUGUGACCGAGUGGAAGACAGAGUCAGGGAAGCUAAUAGCGAGCUGGUCCUUCCAAUUUAUGUCUAGAAACCCAGAAAAAGCCAAACAAGCGGUAGAUUUUCGUGCGUAAAAAGAGAGUAGGCUGCCCUCUAAAUUCUUAAGUUUUACAACACUUCUCUUCCAGGCUGAACAGUUGUUCCGAGGUAGUGUCCUCUGUGGAGUUUUCUUUGUCUCCGCAAGUGACACUAAAGUGCACGGAUUACAAUGAUAAGGAUUUUAGAGGUUUGGGUCACCUCGGUGGCCAUUUCUCUGCUGGUUAAGGGGGCUCUUGGAGGUUAUGGGAUGAGUAUGUUUGCUGCCCAGUCGUCCCCUCCAGACCCAUGCUAUGAUGAGAACGGCAACCCCCGGAGGUGUAUCCCCGAUUUCGUGAACUCUGCUUUCGGGAAGGACGUGCGCGUCUCCAGCACCUGUGGAACCCCGGCCUCAAGGUACUGCGUCGUGACGGAGAACGGAGAGGAGAGGACUAGGGAUUGCCACACCUGCGAUGCAGGGGACCCAAAGAAAACUCAUCCACCUGCGUAUUUAACUGAUCUCAACAACCCUCAUAACCUCACCUGCUGGCAGUCAGAAAACUAUGUCCAGUAUCCUCAGAACGUCACGCUCACUUUGUCCUUGGGUAAAAAAUUUGAGGUCACCUAUGUGAGCUUGCAGUUCUGUUCACCCCGACCCGAAUCUAUGGCUAUCUUUAAAUCCAUGGACUAUGGCAAAUCCUGGGUUCCUUUCCAAUUCUACUCUACCCAGUGUAAGAAGAUGUAUACCAAGCAGAAUAAGGCUGUAAUUACCAAGCAGAACGAACAAGAGGCGAUUUGCACAGACUCUCACACGGACAUGCACCCGCUGACAGGUGGGCUCAUUGCGUUCAGCACCUUGGAUGGCAGACCCUCGGCGCACGACUUCGACAACUCUCCCGUGCUGCAGGACUGGGUGACAGCCACCGACAUCAAGGUGGCGUUCAGCCGACUGCACACGUUUGGGGAUGAGAACGAGGACGACUCGGAGCUGGCUAGAGAUUCCUACUUUUACGCGGUAUCAGACCUACAGGUUGGCGGGCGGUGCAAGUGCAACGGCCACGCUUCAAAGUGCGUAAAAGAUAGGGAAGGAAACCUGGUAUGCGAGUGCAAGCACAACACCGCGGGGCCGGAGUGUGACAGGUGCAAACCUUUCCAUUAUGACCGUCCUUGGCAGCGCGCAACCGCAAGAGAGGCAAACGAAUGUGUUGCCUGCCACUGUAACCUGCACGCCCGGCGCUGUCGUUUCAACAUGGAGCUGUACAAGCUAUCUGGGCGGAGGAGUGGCGGAGUCUGUCUCAACUGCCGCCACAACACGGCCGGACGCCACUGCCACUACUGCAAGGAGGGUUUCUUCCGGGACAUGUCCAAGGCCAUCUCUCACAGGAGGGCCUGCAAAGCGUGUGAUUGUCAUCCAGUUGGCGCAGCCGGCAAGACCUGCAACCAAACCACCGGCCAGUGUCCCUGCAAGGACGGCGUGACCGGCAUCACCUGCAACCGCUGUGCCAAGGGCUACCAGCAGAGCCGCUCUCCUAUCGCCCCCUGCAUAAAGAUUCCAGUUGCAUCGCCCACCGCCACCUAUACCAGCUCUGAAGAGCCCUUAGAUUGUGAUUCUCACUGCAAGGCAUCCAAGGGCAAGCUGAAGAUCAACAUGAAGAAGUACUGCAAGAAAGACUAUGCUGUCCAAGUGCACGUCCUCAAAGGAGACAAGGCAGGAGAGUGGUGGAAGUUUACCGUGAACAUCAUCUCCGUCUACAAGCAAGGUGAACAACGCAUUCGGCGCGGCGACCAGCUCCUGUGGGUGCGUGCCAAGGACGUGGCCUGCAAAUGCCCCAAGAUCAAGCUUGGCAGGAAGUACCUGCUGCUGGGCACGGAUGACGACUCCCCCGGGCAGAGUGGCGUGGUGGCGGACAAGGGCAGCCUGCUCAUCCCCUGGAAGGACCUGUGGGGCCGGAGACUGAGGAAGUUCCAACAGCGCGACAAGAGGGGCAAGUGUUAAGAGGAGCCAGAGAGGAGAGAAAGAGAGGGGGCUCACCUCGAGUCUGAGGAACACAGGAGGAGGAGAAAGAAAGAGGAAACACCAGAGUAAGAGAGGAAAGAGGGAGAGGUGAAGUGAACAGAGAGAGAGAGAGAAAGUGACUGAGUGCUGCUGCUUUGAGUGGAAGCAAAAAGAGAAUAUUAGUUUUAGAAACAUUUGUGUGAAGGAGCUCUUUUUACAGUUGUUGUUCUGUUUGUCCUUCAAGGUUUGUUUCAUUGUGGAAUUGCAGAGUUUGCACCUAAUAUUUCAGAUAAGUUACUUAUUUUUUGUUUUAUUCGUGAUACCAUUAUUUUUAUAUUUCCAGUUCAUUUCUACAGAACAAAAAUCUACUGUAUCACAUAUCUGUGUUUAAAGAGGCUCUUUUAUAUAUAUAUAUAUAUAUAUAUAUAUAUAUAUAUAUAUAUAUAUAUAUAUAUAUAUAUAUAUAUAUAUAUAGUGUAAAGUUUUUUCUAGCAAGCUGAGGUGGCACGGCAUGACUUAAGGGGAAUCUCUCUCAUGUUUAAUGAGUGGCUCCUGCUUGCCAGGCCUUGUCAAGAUAAACUGUGUAAACUGUUAAGAGUGUUAACAUGUUAAAUUGAUCAUUUAAACUAGGUUUUACUGUUGUUUCAGCGUAUACUUGUAAAAAUGGGAGAAAAAAAACAAAAACAAGCCAGCUAUUGCCAGUUACCUUUCUUCUUUAAGAGCUCCUCAUGUGGUUGUUACCUCAUUAUUACUGCUAACUAUGUAAUCAAAAUGAAAGUGCCAUGAAGAAGUUGCUCCUCAGAUACUAGCAUAGGGAAAGAGUCUGUUAAAUGAUACAUUUCCUUGCCAUCCUGACAGUGUGGUUGUGACCUCAGCAAAAUAAAAGUACCAGUAGGCAUGAUAUAAUUAUACAAUAUUUUUGUAUUUAGACAGCACUCUGUUCUCAACUAGAAGAACUAAAAUAGAUGAGUUGACCAUGCACUUAAUGUUUAGUCCUUUAUUAUUCAACAGUAUUCAGAACAUAUAAGAUAUGUUCAGUGUUUAAUGGCACCUUGCAGGAUACAAACUAACAUACUGUAUUGUUUCAGAAAAAUCAAAGAACUAAUGUAUGUCCAUUCAUGAUUGUUCAAACUGAGAUCAGACAUUUGACUGAUUAUGUGCUGCCUUUGGCCUUUGGUCCUGGAACCUAAUGUCCACUGACUCUGUGUCAUUGAUUGAUGCAUUUGGGUUUGCUAUCCUGUUCACGUUUGUUAAAAUACGAAGUACUGCUUGAACAUUCCUCUGAGCAUUGACCUGUUUCUGCUGGUAAAGGACUGAUCGUGGGGGGACAUUCUGAUUUCUUCAACAGUGGAUCACCUCAUGUGGUUUGAUAAGACCUGUCAAAAUGAACCUACGUUUUGUUAAAAUAAUAGAUGCAUGCUGACUACUUAGCUGACUAAGCUAACCAAAUUGUGGAUGACAGUAUGUACAGUAUGUAUAUGCUGUAUAAAGAUACAUGCAUUAUGUUGUAAAAGAAAACCUGUGGAGUGAUGAAAUAUCACAGGAGUCAAGCUGUGUGAUCACUGUCAGCAUCUGAUUCUCACUUCAAACCUUGCAGACAUUCCAUUUUCAAGACGUUACUUGGUACUCAACAAAAGGGGUGACCAGCUGUUUAAAUGUUAUAUAGCUGUAUAGUUUGUUACUAUUUUUUGUUAAACAUUUACUAGAUUUGUGUCCAUGUGUUAUUAACCAGAGUUUUAAAUACCAUAGGCUUAAUAAAUGGGUAGACAAAUAAAUGAAAAAGAGGCAGAUUUCUCUUGUUUACAAGUUAUGCAUACCCAGGAGUGUAUUUCAGCAGAGAGAGGCUUAUCUACAACCUGUAAUAAACAUUCCCAAACAUAUUUGGGAAAUACAUAAACACACAUAAAUGCAAGCAGAUGCACACCUGCACACACACAUACCCACACACUUUUUUAAAAACAUAUUUGUAUUGACAUUUUUAUUGCAAUCCAUUUCAACUGUUCUUGUGCCAGUACAUCCAUCUCUGGAUCUACACAUAUCAAAGCUGUCAGUGGUUGCAGUGUGUAAAGUUAGACCAGUUUUCCACACAUUUGGAGAAAGGUACUCAGUCAUGACCAGAUAUCUGCUACAAAAAUAUAUCUGAAUGUUGCUUGUGUUCAUACUUGGGCUUGUAAAUGUUGUUUAGCUUUGUCCAUUGCAAAAGUUUGUGUAAUGUCCUGUAAUGCAUACUAAUAUAUUAUGUUUAUCACAAAUGAAUAUAUUUAAUGACACAUGAAACAAUGUGGCUUUUGUUUUUGCCUGUUUUUAUUUUUGGUUACUCUUUGCUUUGGAUAAUAGACGGCUGUAAUGAAAAAGUAAAAGUCUGUAGCUAUUGAACAGCCUAGUAAAUCUGAAAUAAAGCUCUGUAAAAGUA